AUUUUAUUUAUAUUUUAUAGAUCCAGGGGGGCUGGAUUUAUUUAAAACUAAAGAAAACACAUAAAUAUCAAAAUGGAAAUGUUCGACGAUUUUAAACGAAUGAAUAAACGGCAGGUCUACUACCAAGUUCUCAACUUUGGGAUGAUAAUUGCUUCUGCCUUAAUGAUAUGGAAAGGAAUGAUGGUAGCCACUGGUAGUGAGAGUCCUAUUGUUGUCGUUCUCAGUGGUAGCAUGGAGCCAGCAUUUUAUCGAGGAGAUCUUCUGUUCCUUGGUAACGAUCGUUCCGACCCAAUUCGUGCCGGAGAGAUUGUGGUUUUUAAAAUCGAGGGUAGAGACAUUCCUAUAGUGCAUAGGGUGAUAAAAGUUCAUGAAACCCACGAAGGAAAAAUCAAGUUUUUGACGAAAGGAGACAACAACGAGGUUGACGAUCGUGGUUUGUACAAACCUGGUCAGUUAUGGGUUGAGAAACAUCAUGUGGUUGGGCGAGCAAGGGGGUUCGUUCCUUACGUGGGGAUGGUUACCAUUAUCAUGAACGAUUAUCCGAAAUUAAAAUACGCUGUGCUUGGGCUUCUUGGUCUGUUUGUCCUUCUUCACCGUGAAUGAUCUUUAAUGCAUCCAACUGCAGUGCUGCCAAUUGUUUUUGCCCACAAUUUUUAUCGCAACACUGAUCCGGGGUGGUAUUCUCGUCUACUGACUAAAGUUAGUCGGCAGGUCGCUAUGGUGCCCUUUUUUAAGUCUGCCAACUAAAAUUUAUAUUUUCACAUUCAGUUGUACUAAAAUCCAAUUAAAUCAGAUUUUAAUUCAACUUUUUUAAAGUGAAGUUGGACUUAAAACCUGAGUUGGUCGGUCAGGAAAGAUAUAGCUACCACAAAUAUUUUAAUCAAUUGACUAAAACUUAUAUUAUGUUUAGUCAGCAAGCUAAAAUCCUGUGUAUUACUGAUUACAGAAGUUACUCGGUCAAAAUCUACUGAUUAAGUUUUAGUCCGGUGACUAAAAAGCAAAAUCUAAAUAAGUGGCGACUAGUUUAGUCAGUAGACGAGAGUACAACCUCUGAUGUUGUUUGUUGAAACUUGUGUUUUAGAUAAUUUACCGCAGUGCAUGUGUUGCACUGUAUUUUGGUGGUGUUACUUUUUUACGGAGAUUGCUGAAGAAAUGUUUGGUUUAAACAUACCGUAGUGAAACUUGGUCAAACGUUAUGUGAUUUUGUAGAUGUGUCAAAGGAUUAAGUGUGCAAUAUUGGGAAUAAAUGAUAAACAUUCAUCAAA